CCGGGUGGUUUAACCGGAGCCGCCUACCCGCCCCGCGCCGGAGAGCCAGCCAGAGUGGGCGGGCCGGCGGAGGAGGAGAUACCAGCACCACCGAGAUGCCAAACGUGAAGGAGAGGGCGGCCCGGAGGGAAGCCAGAACGGCCGAGGGCGCCUCCCGAGAGCCCCGCGCGGGACACCCCCGGGAGAGCGCGAGCAGCGCCCAGGGCCACCGAUCACGUAGGUUCAACUGUCGCCAGGCCUCCGCCGCCCCGGACGUGGCCCUUAACCCCGAGCUCGAGGAGCCGCCCGCCCGAGGCAGGGUCGGCGGGGCCCGGGACCGCGAGCCCGCCCGCACCGCCCGGGUUCCCGCGCGGCGGCGUUGCCAUGGAUCUGCCUGGACGCUCCACAGCUUGGCGGAGAGGGUUCAUGAAACUUCCAAGCUUGAUUCUCACUCAGAAGAGAAGACCUUAUCUUCAAGCAGCCUGGAAGGUAAGGGCAAGGAGACAAUGCCCAGUGACUUCUGGGACCACCUGAAAGAGCAGCUGUCGUCUGUGCCCCCCGACUUCAGCUGUGCUCUUGAACUUCUGAAAGAGGUCAGGGAGAUUCUGUUGUCGCUGUUGUUACCACGCCAGAACCGCUUAAGAAGUGAGAUCGAAGAGGCCUUGGACAUGGACUUCCUCCAUCAGCAAGCUGAGCGUGGGGACUUGGAUGUCACCUAUCUCUCUAAGUACAUUCUCAACAUGAUGGUCUUGCUGUGCGCACCAGUGCGAGAUGAAGCCGUGCAGAAACUGGAGAGCAUCACGGAUCCUGUCCGGCUGCUGAGGGGCAUCUUCCAAGUGCUGGGCCAGAUGAAAAUGGACAUGGUGAACUACACGAUCCAGAGCCUCCAGCCCCAGCUGCAGGAACACUCCAUCCAGUUUGAGCGGGCCGAGUUCCAGGAGCGCCUCAACAAGGAGCCCAACCUCCUCGAUCACACCAUUAAGUGGCUGACCCAGGCGGCCGCAGACCUCACCACCCCUUCUGCAAGUUGCCCUGACACACGGGACUCCUCCAGCUCGCCUGGCCCAUCUCCCAGUGACAUGACUGCCCCGGAACCACUCAGCUCUGCAAUGGUGCUGUCCCAGGGAUUCCUGAACCUUCUCAUCUGGGACCCUGAGAAUGAAGAGUUUCCUGAGACCCUGCUGAUGGACAGAGCCCGGCUGCAGGAGCUGGAGUUGCAGCAGAAGCAGCUGACCAUCCUUGCCUCCGUCAUGCUGGUGGCCAAUAGCUUCUCGGGCAGCGUUCUGUUUGGCUCACCCCAGUUUGUGGACAAACUAAAACGCAUAACGAAGUCCCUGGUGGAGGAAUUUAACUCCAGGCCGGAGGAGACCAUGCAGACUGUGAGUGAGCAGGUGACCCAGGAAAUCCACCAGGGUCUCAAGAGCAUGGGCCUCGCCCCUCUGACCAGUGACAACACGGCGUCUCUCAUAGCACAGUUCCAGAACAUUGCCAAGGAGGGGAACUGUGUCCGCAACGUCAUUGACCAGCGGAUCCACUUGUUCCUCAAAUGCUGCUUGGUUCUUGGUGUGCAGCGCUCACUGUUGGACCUUCCUGGAGGCCUCGCCCUCAUCGAAGCGGAGCUGGCGGAACUGGGCCAGAACUUUGUUACCCUUACACAUCACAACCAGCAGGUGUUUGGCCCUUACUACACUGAGAUCUUAAAACCUAUCAUCUCCCCAGGCCAGAACUUGAAAGUGGAGUCUGUCUGAGCAUGGGCUCAGAGCCCUGGCACCUUGGACCCAGGGGGAAGGCCCAUCCUCCUGGAGUGACAUCACCAGUGACCAGCAGAGCAGUGAGUCCCCUCCGCACCCCCACAGCCGGCACAGCUGGGCUGUAGGGAUCAAGUAUGUAAACACCAGCUGGCCCAAAUCCGCUCCCUAAUAAACUAUGAACAGCAAGCAGCCCGCCAUUCUUCUGUGACUCAGCAGAGGCCAGGCCCUGUGACUGGCAGCACCCCCCUCCGGGGUGUGCCCCCGUGGUGUCACGGAUGACAGCCGAGAUGUCGGGGUGCUUACCUUGGGAGCCUUCAUGUUGCCCAGCCAGCCAGGAGAGGACGAGGAAAGCCAAUUAAGUCAGACCUAGAGUCCCCUCGAGGUUCCAAGAGCCCCCCAGGAGGUCGGGACAGCAGGAGCCCCUGCCCCAUCCAGAGCAUCCUGCAGAGCCCCCGCUGCAGGAAAGUGAUGGUGGCCGCAAGCAGCACCCCCAGUCGGCGGGCCCUGGUGGUCUCAGCUCUCUCCCUCAGGUUAUCUAGAGUUCAGGCUGGCACAGGUAGUCUGCCCUGGUCCCACCCCCGUCCAGGCUUCUGUGGCCUCAUCACUAAGUUUAGAGCGCCCACUCCUCGUGACCGAGGCAAGGCGUGCGUUCAGGUGGGAGCAGACUCCAUCUCUCCUUGCUCUGCCAGUGUGGGUGGUUGUGGUGUGAGUGCCCCUUGUCGUAGACCAACACCAAGUGGGACUCUGGGAAAGACCUGGGUCACACUCACUGUUGGCAACUGGCUCCCAUGAGGAAAGUGUCCCAUUCAGGUCUGGUCCUUUUGUAACAGACAAUGUGUGGGGAUUGACUUGUGUGUGUCCUCAAGACAACAUAAAGAAACAUAAUGACCCCUUUCAGAAGCUGGGAAAGCCCACAACACAAUGCAGAGACAGCACAAGGUGGUGUCUGAGUUCUGUUGGCCUGGGAUGGGCCUCUUUUUUUUGGGGGGGGGGCGUCUUUCAAGACAGGGUUUCUCUGUAGUUUUGGUGCCUGCCCUGGAUCUCGCUCUAUAGACCAGGCUGGCCUCGAACUCACAGAGAUCUACCUGGCUCUGCUUCCUGAGUGCUGGGAUUAAAGGUGUGUGCCACCACCGCCCGGCGGGAUGUGCUUCCAACUGGCAGCCUUUUUAGAUAGGUGACAGUGUGGUCAACAAAGUGACCAGGCAUAGAUCACUCAAAGUCCUGUCUUGUAACUGUAUCGCCUCACUUGGGGUGGCCCAGGAAAAGAUAUGCUCAAAUAAAUAGGCUUGGCUGCUUAGA